AUGACAAACAAAAUUCUGUUUCAUUUAUUUCAGAGAAUGGAAAAAACAACAACCCAGAAAGGCAAAGAUAUGCUCUUGUAUGAAGGAUACCGCUAUAAAUUUGCCAAAUGUAACGCUGACUGGAGUAUUUCCUGGAGAUGCCUGCAAGCAAACUGUCGCGGGCGAGUCAAAGUUUUAAAUGAAAAUAUAACAGUUGUGUCCCAGCACAACCACGCGCCUGAUCCUGAAAAGAUACAGACAAUCAAGGCAGUGGUGAAAAUGCGUGAAAAUGCGACACUGGAGUUCGGCAGACCAAGACAAAUAAUUAGAAGCGCCACAGAAGGCAUAUCGAUGGAUGCGGUUGCUUUGUUACCAUCAUAUAAUGCCUGUCAGAGAGUUAUAGAGCGUAAAAGGAAGCUUGUUCUAGAAACAUAUGUAACUCCUCGGACUGUAGCAGAUAUAGUAAUUCCUCUACACCAACAACUGACAAACCGAGGUUCACCGUUUCUAUUAUGGGAUUCGGGAGCUCUGGACCCACAUCGAAUACUAAUGUUUGGUACUUAUGAUAAUUUAGACGCACUGAGAGUCAAUUCACACUGGUUUAUAGAUGGGACUUUUAAAGUUGCUCCAGAACUAUACAUGCAGGUUUUUACGAUUCAUGGAUUAAUACAAAAUAAAGCUCUUCCAAUGGUAUAUGUGCUGCUGACUAACAAAACUGAAGACUCUUAUUUUCGAUUAUUUGAUACUCUUAAAACUUUACAGCCUGCUUUAAAUCCUCAAAGUGUCAUGUCAGACUUUGAAAAAGCUAGUCAAAAUGCUGUUCAACGUGUAUUUCCAACAACUGAAAGCGUUGGGUGCUUAUUUCAUCUUGGAAAAUGUCUUUGGCGAAAAGUACAGCAACUAAACCAUGAGGAGGAAUAUAAAAAUGAUGAAAACUUUCGCAUCCAUGUCAAAAUGCUGCUUUCUCUCAGUUUUGUCCCUCCUGUAAAUGUUAUCGCUGUGUUUGAUGAGCUUGCUCUAAACUGUCCACCAACAAUGAACGAUUUAAUUGCUUAUUGGGAGGAUACUUACAUUGGAAGGCUAAGAUUAAACGUUCGAGUUAAUCCACGCUUUCCCAUACAAACAUGGAAUGUUUACUCAAGGGUCACUGAAGGUCUGCCUCGCACUAACAAUUCUGUCGAAGGCUGGCACAGGGCGUUUCAGCAAUGUGUUGAUUGCCACCACCCAUCCAUUUAUAAAAUUGUUGAGCAUUUUCGCAAAGAGCAGGAUCAUGUUGAAAUACAACUGCAACGUAUCAGAGACGGCGUACAAUGGCCAACUUCUUCAAAGUCAAAGUACGUUCAGCUGAACCGGAGAUUGGAGUCAAUUUUGCCUAUGUAUGGAAUGAUAGCAAACAUGGAUUACCUGAGACGUAUUGCUCACAAUCUUUCAAUGUAG